GUUUAGUCUUUUUGGGAAUAUAUAUAUAUUUGAUUCGAUCUUGUCUGAACUGAAGGCAUAUGAGAUAAUGACCAAUCAAACAGUCGACAGCUGAACAAACAAAGACACAAAGUCAACGAAGCCCAACUCUUCAGGAGAGAACCAACGAUGGAUUAUCUUGGGAUUGAUCUGAGCUGCGCGAUAGGUUCUCUCCGGAGCGGUGAGUUUCCGACGAAAGAUUGUCUUCUUCCUCUCAUCUCUAAGCUGCUCGGUUACUUCGUCGUCGCUGGUUCAAUGACCGUCAAGCUUCCUCAGAUAAUGAAAAUCGUGGACAGCAAGAGUGUAAAAGGUUUAAGCGUUGUAGCAUUUGAGCUCGAAGUGGUUGGUUACACAAUCUCACUUGCUUAUUGUCUUUACAAAAAGCUUCCCUUUUCAGCUUUUGGUGAAUUAGCUUUUCUUUUGAUCCAAGCUUUGAUCUUGGUGGGCUGUAUCUAUUACUUCUCUCGACCUCUCUCUGUAGCUACUUGGGUCAGAGCGCUUCUUUACUUUGCUUUAGCACCAACUGUGUUAGCUGGUAAGAUUGAUCCUUUGCUAUUCGAAGCUCUUUAUGCUUCUAAGCAUUUGAUUUUUCUCUCUGCAAGAAUCCCUCAGAUUUGGAAGAACUUUAGAAACAAAAGCACUGGACAACUUAGUUUCUUGACUUGUUUCAUGAACUUCGGUGGAGCUUUGGCGAGAGUUUUCACCAGCUAUCAGGCGAAAGCUCCACUUAGCAUGUUUAUAAGUUUCUUUAUCGCAAUCGUCACUAAUGGAACUAUUAUGAGUCAGAUUCUACUGUAUCGGUGCAAAGGAACAGAAGAGAAGCAAUUGAAUGAUAAAAAGGUUUUAUGAUGAUAGUCAUAUACUACUUGGCUUUGUAAUAGAGAUUAAACCAGAUGUUGCAAUUGUUCAAUAAAGUAAGUUUGUUUACAUUACUACUCCCAUUUCCGCAGUCUCACAAUGUAAUCUCAAUCAAAGAUUUGAAUUACACUUA